AUUAAAAAUUUAUGGAUUACAAUCGAAACGAUAUCAUCACUCAAGAGCUGAAGGCCAAGUUCGAUCUGGAUGUCUAAAUUAAGGACCCACAGUCACGUCUCUUUCUUAAAGGAUAUUUUAAAUCAGAUUCUGAAAUACAUUCUUCCCGAUUUGACAAAGAUGACAUUAUGUUGGCUCUGGGAUGCUCGAGUGGAUUAGUCUGUGUUUACGAUCUCACCAGAAGCGAAAAGACAGCAUUUUAUACAUAUCUCAGUUCUAAAUCAAAUAUGAAAUUGCCAUGCACUGCCCUUAGAUGGUUUUCAAGCGAAAAAUCUACCAAAAUGAGACAAGUCCUGAUCUCAGCCAACACUGAUGGUACCAUAAUGUAUAAAAAUGUGAGAACUGAUUCUACCAUCUAUUAAUUUAAAGAGGAAGACGACAAUGAGGUUUAUUGUAUUGAUGCCUUAAAAAACCAAUUAGCAACUUGCGGCAAGGAUUGUAAAGUUAGAGUGUAUGAUAUUGAGGCUCAAACCUUACAAGCCACCUUAGAAGCCAUCUAAUGGGUUUAACCUGGCCAUAAUAAUAGAUUAUUCAGUGUUAAAAUUGUACCUUAUGAUAAAAAUUUAGUUAUCAGUGGAGGUUGGGACUAGAAUAUAGUUAUAUGGGAUCUGAGACAGAAGUCCUAGGCUGGAUGCAUAGUAGGUCCAAAGGUUGCAGGUGAUACCAUCGACAUAAGAGAAGGCACAAUUUUGACAGGGGCAAACAGAAUGAGUGAGCAAUUGUAAUUAUGGGAUUUGGGUACUUUGAAACUGAUAGAUAAUAUCAAGUGGGAUGAGAAGGUGGAUUCAGCUGGAGCAUUCAUAUACGGAUCUUAGUUCGGGAAAGGAAGGGGCUAUUGUGUUGGAGGUGUUGCUCAUGGAACAAACGAAUUCAAGAUGUUCGAUAGAGUGAAAGGAUCAUACAAGGAAGCCAUGUAAUUGGGCGGAUUUAAAAAAGGACUCUACACAAUGGAUUUUGCAAACACAUCAAACAAGUGUGUUAUAGGAGGUGGAGAUGGCUUAUGUUUGAUGUUAGCGAUUGUUCCUAAUAAAGAUCAAUGACGAGUGAUUUGAUUAUUUAUUAAUCUAUAUCAAAAGAAUUGUUUAAAAUAAAAAAAUUAA